AUGUGGCCUAGCAUUGUCAUGAUGGAAUAUUACGGUUUGAUGUCUGGUAGCAUAUUCUUUAAACAAAUCAGUCUUCAAACGAAUCAGUUGCCUUCGGUACAGGUUUUCUGUGAUGUAUCCAAAGCACUGGAAGGUAUCUCAAGCGAUCCAACUUUAAAAACAACUUUUACAAGAGAUGGCAACCUCCUCAUCUUAACAAAAAAUGAAGCCCAAGCAAAUCAAUUCCUAAAAGCAACUACUCUAUCCGGUAUCUGUCCCAUAGAAUGCUUGUAUCACCCUUCUCUUAACAUUAUAAAAGGAGUUAUUUUUGCACCAACUUUACGUGAUCUCAAAGAAGAUGAAAUCAAAGAAGGCCUAAAAGAUCAAGGAGUUGUUGAUUGCAAAAAAAUUACAAAAUUUUUAGAUGAAGCCGCACUCAAAAUCACGGACAAACAAACAUAUGACAUUCCAAUUGAAGACUUACACACUGCUAUUACUGAAAGAAAAAACAAAUUAAAUAAAACAACAAAUCCUACUCCCGCUGCUGCUACUAGCAUUAACACACAAAUAACUAACUCAUCAACACCAAACACACAAGUUACAAAUAUUACUCAAACACAUACACAUACUAAAGAAUCUUUACUAAACCUCACAACAUCAAUUAACCAUCUCUUAAAUCAACACCAAACUCAAACAUCAAACAACAUCUCUUCUAUAACAAAUCUUAAAAAUUCAAACAAUGCAACCACUCCCAACAUUGAAAUCAUUAACGUAACCAAUACUUCUUCAAAAUUUGCUGAACAACCGUCCAAAACCAAAGAUAAAUCCAAACAACCUGAACCAAUAUAUAAUCCAAAAAAAAUAACUAACAGACGUAAUGAAAUCGACUCACAAGACUUAACUAUGGAACAUUAA